GGCGGUUCGCAGUGGGGUGGCAGCAUUGGGCGGCCGAGUACUCGGCCCUCUUCGUGAGGGAUGGAGUGUGCGCUACGGGAAGAAAGUGAGGGAAAUGUCAACGUUUUCAUCGGCCACAUCCCACACGACGUCCCAGAGGUACUUAACGAAGAAUGAACAAGCGACGCGAUACUAGUAUGCCAUGAGUGGUUGGCUUCCUUUUUCCUUGUACCUUAUCUCUCCUUCCCCCCCUCCCCCCAGGCUCUCCUUCGUAAGCUUCUCACCCAGUCUGGCAACGUUACCCAUCUACGGUACUCCCUACGAAGCUGCUGCGUCAGGGGCAAUGCAGUCCAUGCUGUUGUCGGUCUCUCUGUGUGCACUCACUCACUGCAGGUACAACAGGUCGAAGAGGAGGUCAAAGAUGGGCAACGCAGCCGUCACAUUCGCAGACGAGGAGGCAUGUCUAGACUGCAUCAAGAGGUUCAACUCCCGACCGGUCUUCCCAGUAUGCUUGAUGGGGGGAAGACAGAAAGAAAGGAGAGGUUCAAACCCCUCUCUCUUUUUCAAUCACCAGGGAUGCAGUCGCGUAGCAUCUGCCGAGCUCUUCGACAACUCCAGGCUCAUGUGGAAGAACAAAACCAAUUAUCUUCAUUUCUCCUGGCACAGUCCCACACGCAGUUGCCCUGCCGACGACCCUCCCUGCGUCUCCCACACGCCAUCCACUCCCUCCCCCGGCCCCUCACACAACUCGCCCAACCUAGCCCCCUCCCAAGCGGCGGACGGCAAAAUUGCCUCUCGCAUCGAGAAAUUGGCGCGACGAAGGCCGGUACAGACGCCUUCGACACUGUCAUUUCUCGCGGAGUGCGAAGACAGACAAAGGGAGACAUUGACAGACACCUUGCGGCCCUUGUCGUUCUCUAUCACUGCCAUGAUGCCGCGCGCUGGCCGACCAGGAACAGUGGUGAGUCGAGAGACAUACAGAUGCCCAGAAAGGUCUCCUUUUUGAUCGUUUCUGUGGUCGCGUGUUGCAGGCAAGUCCCGAAAUGCAGCAAGUGCCGGCGAUCAGUCGACGCCCAACUUCCGACGAGCCCCCGACUCACGACGACGGCCUUGGAGAGCUGCGCCAGGGUAGCGAGAUCAUCCCACUCGCUUCGAUUGCAAAGACAUCCGGGAUGUCUCCAAUCGGCCCCGCGAAGCCUCUGACCGCGGCCGAGUGGAGGAGCUUCGGCCCAACGGAUUGGACGCCCCUGACCGCCGGAUUGCAAAACGGCUUGUAUUGGUUGCGCCGCGAGAAGGUCGCCCUGAUGCAGAUGCGCAUGCUCAAGGCCAUCUGGGAGCGGUGGGGGGGCCACAACAAUCGAAUGAAUGCACCAGCGCUCGUAUGGCCUGCUGCGAAUAGCGGGAGGGCCAGCAACAGUAUGGAGUACCCCUACCAGUUCCCGCUUUGUCCGCUGGUCACCAAGAGCCGUCAGAGCAGCCUGCAGCUGACCAACGCCGGCAGUGACGACCCCCCGUCGCCUUUCUCGCUCAACAGUCUAGCUGACCGGCAGGAGGAGAUGGCCGAGCGAGAGAGGGACAAGAGCAAAGACAAUGCCCUGCAUGCCCUGUUUGGUGAUGGGACAACCACGAAUGGGACGGUGCCGUCUCACACAGCAGCAGAAGCAGGACCAACGAUCCGCAUCAGCAACGUUCUGGCUGCCCAGGCCGCCCCUGCAGCGUCGUUUGUGCGUGCGAUGGCCGAGGGGGCGGCUUCUGAGGUGUCAAGACUGUCAAGACAGUCCUCACAGAGGCAGUGGAGGAGCCGGUCGACGAACCAGGGCACCGGCCAUGUGGGGAGGAAGAAACGGGGCGGGAGGAGAGGGAAACGAUCCCUGCAGCAGGUCAGUCAUGUCACGCAGGCAGAGGGAAAGAACAGAAAUGCAUAACUGUGUCUCUCUUGGCUCUGUAGGUGAAAGCCCCCCGCGCUUCUUUCCUGUGUCCUGCUGACUGACGAGCCCCCCGACUGGGCUGUUUGUUGUCUGACUGAAUGAAGCAUGUACAAAGAACAGCAAUUGCCUGGUGGUCUCUUGUGAGCUUGGAAUUGCAGUGGACGUGAAACUGAGGCGCAAUGGUCCGG